GAUGGAACCGGGCGGCUUGGGAACACGGACUGGUGUCUAUGUGGUUCCUGCGCGCCGAUGGAGACCCUCGUCGAGUGCGUCUGCUGCCGCGAAUACCCGGCCGUCGCACGGAAGCAGCAGGGCCGGCAGGGCUGCGUAACGGGCCACCCCGACUUCGAGGCCCUGUGCCUCAACCCUGGGGUGUUGAGGUUGGCCUACCUCAACAUGCGGCACUACGGGCAGCAAGGGAUGGGCGCAAGUGCCAGCGAGCACUACAGAUUUGCAGCCUACAGGCAGUGUGCCCUGUGGCUGUGGAGCCGCUUGGGAAAGAAGAAUAGGUGGCCCCUGCCAUCCUGUGUGGUCAAGACAAUCAGGGGCAGGUACCCUGUUGACGUGUAUGCGGGCUACAGGGAUGCAGAAUAA